GGAAGUUCUAGAAUCUCAUUGGUUGAGACUUGCUAGCGAUGUCUCUUAAAUUGUCCUGUAUUACUGAAGAUAAAGGGCGAGAACACAACUCACUUCCUUCAGGCGCAAGCUACUAACAGACCGCGUCUCCGCCCGCCAGGAAACGACUAAGGUUCUUGUGGGAUCAAGUAGAAUUUUAUAAGAACAUAAUGGAUGGAGAGGAGAAAACCUAUGGUGGCUGUGAAGGCCCUGAUGCCAUGUAUGUCAAAUUAAUAUCUUCUGAUGGUCAUGAAUUUAUUGUAAAAAGAGAGCAUGCGUUAACAUCAGGAACAAUAAAGGCCAUGUUGAGUGGGCCAGGGCAGUUUGCUGAGAACGAAACCAAUGAGGUCAAUUUUAGAGAGAUCCCUUCGCACGUGCUAUCAAAAGUAUGCAUGUAUUUUACCUACAAGGUCCGCUACACUAACAGCUCCACUGAGAUUCCUGAAUUCCCAAUUGCACCUGAAAUUGCACUGGAACUGCUGAUGGCCGCGAACUUCCUAGAUUGUUAAAUAAAAUAAAUUAUAAUAAACUGUUAAUUUUUUCAGUAUUUAAUACCUGUAGUUCAGUUAGUAAUUUUUUCACAUAUAGCAUGUUGCCUGUAUGAAAUUGAACUCUAAAGUUAAUUGCUGAGCAGAUUCCUUCUGUCAUUUGCAUAGCAGAGUUGAAAUUUGUUUGCUACAUCAACAAAUUAAGGACGUAUCACAAGCCAAGAAAUAAACAAAUAAUGCCAGUUUGUAGGUGGUUUGCUUUCUCCUUUGGAUGUGAUCUUUAAAAUUAUAAGUGAUAUAGCAAAUCCUGGAAUGUAAGCCUAGAUGAACAUACUCUACAGGUAAAUAUUCUACAGGGGCUAAGUAUUUUUAUGUUUUUAGUGUUUUUUUAAGAACCGGUUCUGAUCUUAAGCCACUGAGCAUUACUAGAGUUAUGCAAAUAAUUACAUGAAAACUAUGUUUAUAACUUAGCCAAUCCUUGAUUUUUGUAAUUCAAAGAAUAAGAGUUGAAAUUUCUUAUGUGUUUUUUGAUAAACUGCAGUAUUGUUUAAGUGCAUCUUGUGUUUUGUUUAUUGCUACAAUUUAAGAACUUUAUUUAAAAGCAAUUUUGGAACAUUACCAGGCAUAACUUUUGGAAUAGUAACUGUUUGAACUGUAGCUAUGUAGUCAAGUAAAUGCUGAUCUAAGUUCCUGUGCAUUGUGCGUUUUGAACAGUCUGAAGCGUGACUUCCGCCAGCUGUCAGGGUUCCUGGAGUUUUCAUUCUUCAUGGUCUCUUGGAAUUCCGCUUGUAUGUGUUGAAAUGUGUCCUACAACACUUCAUGAGCUUGAUCUAAACUUAGAAUGUAGGUGUUUGGAGCUCUUCUAGUCUUCCUGCGUUCCUAGAAUGCUGUAAAAAUAAGAAUGGAGGGAUGUGGUGAGAGCCCUGUAAUACACAUAGAUGUACCGCCAGAGCUACCCCUCCUAGCAUAUCUUCCAGCCAACCGUGCUAACAGCUGUGGGUCUUCUGCAGUCACAUUCAGCCUUUGCACUGAGCAGACAGAACAUCUGAAAGCGUUGGCUAGAUCUCUGUCUUGGCCUGGGAAGAGCACUGCAGCUGGUGGGAUGGGGCCUCCAGUGGCCUGUCGGUGCAAGCCUUCACACUGGACCGAUUUCAUACAGAUCAGUUUUUCUGGAAGCUGUCAGGAUCAUAAGAUAACCUUUCCUCUAAAAAAACAAAACCUGCACAUUGUACUUUGCAGCAUACAGAUAAUGGUUAAAUGUAAAUUGGUUAUCUUUAGUAAUGUACUGGCUCAUAGGUUUAGUGCAGAUACAGUGGGAAAUACAGGAAUUAUGUUUUGGGCUAGGUGUAUUUAGAGCUCGGCAGUAGUGCUGCCAUGACAAGGCCCUCCAGUCAGCCUCUAACAUGUAUUUGCUCUGUCUGCUCCAAUUAAAGGCCAAAAGAGGGAUUUCAAAAGGCAAUAGCUAGAAAAGUUAGCUUGAACCAGUUAAUGUGGGUUUACUCUAUGUGUUAGGUCCAGAAGUAACCUUAACUUCAGGACAUAAAAAUUGGAAUACACUAGGCAAAUUUGUAUAUGGUACAGCAAAUGAUAUUGUGUUAAUAAAGGCCGCAUUUACUGAAAA